UGGCGUGACAAGACGCUAUGUUAAACCACACCGUCUAGCAGCGUAAUACAACACCCCCCCCCCCCUAUUUUAUACUAUAUAUAUUUUUUAAUUUUCCCCAAUUCCAAGUUUCCAACCUCCUAAGCAAAAAGAGUACUACCUCCAAAUACCCUUUGGGCACACGGCACCGUUUGCAAUCGGCAUUUCCAUAUUCUCAUCGGUCCAUCUGUGCGUCCUCCGAUACCAGAUUUCAGUUUUCCUAUCUCAAUCUCACCGAUCGAACACCAACAAAAUGGAUUGGGGAACAGUUUCAACCGAAGAUCUGAUCGAAGCACUGAAGGAAGUUGAGUGGUCAUCUCCUCCUCGUCCUCUCAACGAAUUCUUCUCCAAAUUCACCCUCCCUCGUUCUUCCACCAAAUGGAACAGCCGCCUCAAGUGUAAUCUCUACUACUACCGGACUAAUUAUUUCCUUAUGGUCAUGUUUAUUCUUGGAUUGGGGUUUCUUAGAAGACCACUUGCCAUUGUUGCAGCUAUGUCGACCGCCUUAACCAUAGCUUUUUUGAAUGAUAGCUUUGCAGGCACAUUUAGUGAAAAAGUAACAAGAACCGUGAGGCGGUUUUCUCCACAUUUAGCUGCGAAAAUGAGACCUCCACUAAUGCCUGUUCUUCGCGGGCGCCCUUCUUCGAAAAGAGCUAUUUAUAUAUGUGGACGGCCUCGUUGGCAAUUCGUUCUGAUGUUUUCUGCUGUGAGUUUCAUCUUGUGGUUUGUUUCUUGCGGUCUCUUGACUUUGUUGUGGGCUUUGGCCAUUGGCCUUCUAGCUACUAUCAUGCAUGCAAGCUUUCGGACGCCUAACCUGAAAGCUCGGCUGAAUACGUUCCGUGAGGAAUUUCGUGCAGUUUGGCGGAAUUACAGUGAUAUAUAGUCACUCUUCCUGUGGUUAGUUAUGUAGGUACAUCCGGUGGCACUUUUGAGGCUGGACUUACUGUCGCGAAAUAAUCCUCUGCUCAAAAAAGCACACCUGCUGUGGGUAUAACUGGUUAUAAAUUGCCUGAAGCUUUUAUCUUCCAACAUUGUUUUAUAUGAAAGUUUGUUUAUAUAGUGACUUCUAAAAUUAUUUCCCCUUUGUUUUUCAAAAUUGUCGGUUCGCCUUUAGUGGAUGUUGAUAUGAUGCUUGAAGGGUACUUUUGAUGUCUUAAGUGUAAAACUUAGAGCAAAAUGACUAUUUUGAUCAGUCAAGAAUUGCAAGGGUGUUCAGGAUUGCCUUUAA